AUGAAGUCUAAGCAACCAUUCGUUUAUCAAAAACGUAAAAAAAGAAAACCAGAUGAAGAAAAUAGAAAGGUUGAUGCCGGUGUUGUAGAUAAGUUUAUCCAUAGACAACCUGUUGAAGAGCACACUGAAGAGAAUGUUGAAGAGCACAUUGAAGAGCAUGUUGAAGAGAACAUUAAAGAGCAAGAGCAUGUAGAAGUAGAAGAGACAGAAGAGCAUGAGCCUGUUAAAGAGCUUGUUGAUAUAUAUGAUCUAAAAGCUUUGUAUACAAGAACUUUAUCGAAUUUGGAGAAGUGUGAUAGAGUAUGGAUAGUAUAUUUGAAUGAGCUAGACAGGGUAUUUUGUUUCUGUUGUAAAGUGUUUAGAAAAAGGAUUUCGAAAGGUAAAUUAGAUGGUGAAGGUUUUGCAGAUUGGCACCAUGUUACCACUAGGGUUAAAAAACACGAAAUUUCUUUGGAUCAUCUAACAAAUAGGAAUAAGUGGUUUGACAUGCGUAAAAGAUUGAACUUGAACAAAACAAUUGAUAAAGUUCAACAUGAACAGUUCAAGAAAGAAAGAGAUUACUGGAAACAAGUGCUUUUAAGAAUUAUUGCAGUAGUGAAGUUUCUUGCUAAACAUAAUUUAGCAUUUCGUGGAUCGAAUGAUAAGUUGUAUAAAAAGGUAAUUAUAAAUUGUAAUGGAAAUUUUUUUGGUGUCAUUGAAAUGUUGGAAGAGUUUGACCUGAUUAUCAAAGAGCAUGUGCAACGGAUCACAAGUGAAGGGCUUCAUGUGCAUUAUCUUGGCCACCUAAUCCAAAAAGAACUAAUAUCUUUGCUAGAUGAAGAUAUUAAAAAAGAACUUAUCAAGGAGAUAAAGAAAACAAAGUACUACUCAAUCAAACUUGAUUGUACUCCCAAUUUAAAUCACCAAGAACAUAUGAAUAUAAUAGUGAGGUAUUUAAAGUUAUCAUAUAAUUUUGUUCCUAUCGAGGAGUCUUUUUUUGGUUUUUUGAAUGUUGAUGAUACCUCCGGAAAAGGAUUAUUUGAUAUUACACUUGAAGAGUUAAAUUCUCUUGGUCUUCAAAUUAAUGAUAUGCCUGGUCAUGGCUAUGAUAAUGGGGAAAACAUGAAAGGAAAACACCAAGGAGUGAAAAAGAGAUUUUUAGAUAUAAAUCCUAGAGCAUUUUACACUCCUUGUGGUUGCCAUUCUCUUAAUCUAACAUUAUCUGAUAUGGCUAACAAGUGUGUUAAAGGAAAGAACUUUUUUGGAUUCAUCCAACAUAUUUAUACUAUCUUUGCAAAUUCUACUAAGAGGUGGGAAAUUUUGAAAGAUAAUGUUAAAGCUUGGAGUCUUAAGUCAUUGUGUCAAACUCGUUGGGGAAGUCGGUUUGAGAGUGUAAAGGCUAUUAAACUGCAACAUGUGGAUGUACAGAAAGCUUUACUUCAAGUUGGAGAAAAAGAGAAUGAUGUUGCAAUUGCAAGUGAAGCAACUUCACCAGCAGAAAAAGAGCUUAGUGACUUUGAAUUUUUGGUAUCAACUGUUGUUUGGUAUGAAGUACUAAACCAUGUGAAUAUUGAGAGUAAGAAGUUAAAAUCAAAGGAUAUGCAUCUUGAUAAUGCUAUUAUAGAAAUAAACAAAUUGAUUGGGUACUUCAAGGAUUAUAGAGAAACUGGUUUUUCAAAAGCGAUUGUUGAAGCUAAGGAGAUUUUUAUUGAAAUGGGUAUUGAUCAAAUAUUUCCACAAAAGCGUUUGAUUGAAAGGAAAAAAAGGUUUGAUGAGAGUUCAAGUAGCGAAGAAGUUUCAUUUACACCUGAAGAGAAUUUCAGAGGAAUUGAAGAUAAAGAUCUUAAGUUAUAUUGUCAUCGUCUUGAAAAAGCACUCAAGUUUGACGAAAGAUCGGAUAUUGAUGCCGAGGAGCUUUGUACAGAGUUAAAAUUAUUUGAGACAUUGGAAACCAUUGAAUUUAGCAACCCUGUAGAUGUUUAG